GACAUGGUGUUGGGUCUCUAGUCGACCAGCUUCAACGUCGUCCAUCAUGUCGUUUCUCUUGCGCGCCUCUGCCUCGCGCAUCCCCCAGCGCGCCCUCUUUGCUGCCUCGUCCCUCCGCCAUAGCUCCUCGACAGCUACCGGCAAGGGUACCACCUCGCUCAAUUCGAUCCUUAUUGCCAAUAGAGGAGAGAUUGCUCUGUAAGAGAUGUUUCUUCAGUGCCAAUUAUAGCUGUUAUCAAGCUGUUUGUUUGCUAACUACUAUUUGUCGCUGCAGCCGAGUGGGAAGAACAGCUGGACAACAUGGCAUCCGCGUAACAACCCUGUACACAGACCCUGACGCCCAUGCUCAGCAUGCUUUGAGCUCGCCUUUUGCCUAUAACCUAGGCGAAACCUCUGCCUACCUGGAUGGAGACCGAAUAAUCGAAAUUGCCAAACGCGAGGGAUGCAAGGGAAUACACCCGGGCUAUGGAUUUGUACGUUACUAUGCCUUGGUUGAACACCAGCGCGACACUAGAUGCUAACAAGACACAGUUGAGUGAAAAUGCUGGCUUCGCAAAGAAGUGUACAGAUGCCGGACUUAUCUUCAUUGGACCACCACCUUCGGCCAUUGACGCCAUGGGAGACAAGAGUCGUUCCAAGGAGAUCAUGACUGCUGCCGGCGUCCCCUGUGUCCCCGGAUACCACGGCACAAACCAAGACGUCAACUUCCUCGCCGCUGAGGCCGAGAAGAUCAAAUAUCCCGUCCUCAUCAAGGCCGUCAAGGGCGGUGGUGGAAAGGGUAUGCGUAUUGCCCGCAGCGCUGCCGAGUUCCAAGACCAGCUAAGAUCCGCCAAAUCCGAGGCAAAGAGCUCCUUUGGUGAUGAUACCAUGCUUAUUGAAAAGUACAUCACCACUCCACGCCAUAUCGAAGUCCAGGUGUUCGCGGACCAGCACGGGAACUCCGUUGCCCUGGGAGAGAGAGACUGCAGUGUCCAGCGUCGUCACCAGAAGGUCCUCGAGGAGUCGCCGGCACCACAUCUGCCAGAAGCCACAAGAAAGGAUCUCUGGGCCAAGGCGAGAGAUGCCGCUUUGGCUGUCGGUUAUGAAGGCGCCGGCACCGUCGAAUUCAUUUUCGACAACGAUACUGGCGAGUUCUUCUUCAUGGAGAUGAACACUCGGUUACAGGUCGAGCACCCAGUUACGGAGAUGGUUACUGGUCAGGAUCUUGUUCACUGGCAGCUACUUGUGGCCGAAGGAAAGCCUCUCCCUCUCACCCAGGAAGAGGUCGAGGCCAAAAUGGCUACCAUGGGCCAUGCCAUCGAAGCCCGAAUUUACGCUGAAAAUCCCGAACAGAACUUCGUGCCGGACUCCGGUAAGCUGAUCCACGUCCGCACUCCACAGCCUACCGAGGACGUUCGUAUCGAUGCCGGCUUCGUUGCCGGUGAUGAAGUUUCUUCACACUACGACCCCAUGAUCUCAAAACUCAUCGUUCGGGGCGCAGACCGUACCGAAGCUCUGCGCAACCUCUCCAUGGCCCUUGAACAGUACGAAGUUGCCGGCCCAAUCACCAACAUCGAGUUCCUCAAGCGUGUGUGCAAGAGCCCCGACUUUAUUGCCGGCGAAGUGGAGACCGGCUACAUCGAGAAGCACCGCGAGGAACUGUUCGCUAAGGAACCAGUCGAACCUGAGCUCUGGGCCCAGGUAGCUCUCUCAACUUUCAUCUCGGGAACUAGCCCCAGCAACCCAAUUGGAAACACUGGCGCGGGCAUUGGCUUCAGCCCGGGCUACCAGCAGCGCCAGUUCACCUUUGUCGAGGCUACGGCCCCAAAUACCCCCGAGGCCAAGCCAGCUACAGUUCAGAUCUAUCAGACUGGCCCAUCGAGCUAUGAUGUGACCAUCAACAAUGAAAAGACGUUCAGCAACGUUACUGCCACGCUCUCGGCCGAUGGCAAGGCACUUACUUCUUUCUUUCCCCAUACUCGUCUUGAUACCACCGUAAUUCGUGACGAGGAUACUAUCACUGCCUUCCAGCACGGACGACAGUACAGACUCAAGGUUCCCCGAGCCAAGUGGAUGGAGAAGGCGCUUGGUAUUAAAGAGCUGACCAACAGCGUCCUAGCUCCCAUGCCAUGCAAGAUCCUGCGCGUGGAAGUAGCUGAAGGUGCAGUAGUGGAGAAGGACCAACCUCUUGUUGUGAUCGAGAGUAUGAAGAUGGAGACCGUUAUCAGGAGUCCCAUUAAGGGUGUGGUGGAGAAGAUUGUGCAUAAACAGGGGGUAAGCCUUACAACGACCAAAAGCAAGAGUCUAGAAGGCGAUGGCUGACAAAAAUUUUACUACCUUUUAGGAUAUCUGCAAAGCUGGCACAGCGCUGGUCGAGUUUGCUGCCGAGCCGGAAGCCCCUGAUUCGUAAGGGGGGCCGAUUUUCGGCCUUUGGCCAGGGCUAUCAAAGACGGUCAAACGAUCGAUUGACAUCUUUGCUGAUGAAUUGAGAAGAAAAGAAAGAAAGAGUAGACAAAUCCAGUGUCUGGUCUCUCGUCCUAGUGUUGGAAUUAUUAUCAAAUAUCGCAACGAAGUUACCCACCAUGGGCUCCGAUCAUCCUUUUUUUGGGCCGGUAUCUUCUCGCCCGUACGGAGUAUGUAAAGAAGAAACGAAAAAAAAAAGCAUCUCCACCUCCCCCUUCUUAUUGAUCGUCCAGGGACAACAGAAACAUAGCAAACCAACGACUCCUUCAGGCCACGAUGGCUUUUCUUCGCAGCUUAUCGGUUCCCCUGGUCAGGCCGAUAUCCCUCCCAUCCAAGUAUUCGAUAUAUUUUCACGUCACGGCAUUCUUGUUUUCAAGGGGUUAUACAUGAUGCAUGAUACGAUGACGAGUCCUUUUUAUUCGUUUGUUUCUCUCUUUUUGGCGGCGAUUCGAGAAGAGAGAGAAGAGCUUUCUCCUUACUCCGUACUGUAUAUAUAAACCUCAAAAUACCAUCACCAACCACCAGAUCUAGACCGAUAGAAAUCCAGCAAUCAAUGUAAUAAAAAAAAAAAAAG